AUGUCUUCUGAAUCCGAAGCCCCAUUCGACACGUGGUCCAGUCUCAUCGCGGAUUUGAAAGAAACAGCACUGGGCGACCAGCAGACACCCACACCGUGUUCCAGUGAGGAAGAGUUCAGGACCAAUUUCGAGACGCUUUGUAACAGCCACUAUGAACCCAACGCUCAGCGACUCCUUCACCUCUUUUCUCGCCAACAUGGGACCAUUACACGCUUUAUCAACAGCAUAGACGAAGCCCAAAAUCUCCAGCCGCCAGACACUCUGAGUGAUUUGUUCUGGCAACUUGCUUUUGUCACCAUCCAGGCUGCCCUGGACGCCGGGUUGUCCCUCAAAGACUUCUUCGACAAGCUGAACCUGCUCAACCAAGCCCUCAAACCAUUCGGACCGCAGCUACCGCAAUUUCCUACCCGUCCUCGUGUACAAGAACCUCUUCAGGCCGUGUUCAGGCAAUACAUUGAGUGCUACAGCGUCAUGCUCAGUCACUUCGCUUCACACCCCCCUGGGCUUACCUUCGAAACCUUUCAUUCUCAGGUCGAGACUGCAGCGGAGCUUUUUGAAACGUCACUGGAAGAAUGGAGAGAGAUCGUGAGACAGAUUGGAGAGGAAGAAGGAACGGGGUCUUUGCCUCAAUUGGCACACCAGGGCCACGACCUCCUGCCUCCUGGGUUGACCACAAGCGCACGGUUUCAGUGGCUUGAACCGUUGGGCAUGGGCACCCAUGGCCAAGUCUCCAAGGUCCGCGAGGUGUCGACGAACAGCAUCUAUGCUCAGAAAACCAUCAGGGUCGAAAACAACCAUCGCGCCAGGAACAUUCUUGAACAGCAGGUCAAGAACGAGGUCGCCAUCAUGCACAAGCUGCGUCACAAUCACAUCGCCCCGGUGCUUUUCUACGUGAGGGACGAAACCACCUUUUCCAUCAUCAUGCUGCCCGUCGGCGACUACGACCUGCGACAUUUCUUGGAGGUGAAUUGUGCUGGCUUUCCCCGGACCGAGACCGGGCACCUCGACCAAUGGUUUGGUUGCCUGACCUCGGCUUUGACGUUUGCACAUCUGCAACGAGUCAAACAUGAGGACAUCAAACCUUCCAAUAUCCUCAUCCGGGAUUAUCAGCCCUACCUGGCCGAUUUCGGGAGUGCGAAAGACAUCUCCCAGAUGGAGGGCAGCACCUCGACAGAUGAAUAUAUUGCUGGCACCCCAGUGUACUGGCCGCCGGAGCCACGACAGGAGCGAGGACGGGCGGCCGACGUCUUUGCGCUGGGAUGUGUUUUCAGCGAAAUGCUCACGGUGAGGCAGAACAAAACGCUGCAAGAGUACCGUGAUGCACGCUAUCUCCCUCAUGUCGACAAUGGAUAUGCUUUUCGGACGAACCUCGCGGCAGUUCGUACCUGGCUUGAGGAGCUGCCGAAGGAGGUUGGGCCUCCCGAAGUCCGGGCUCUUUUGCUGGAGCAGACGCUGAGCAUGUUGGCCUCAGAACCUUUACAGAGACCGGAGGCACGUGUGGUCAAGAAAAACUUCCGGAAGGAGGGAGAUGCAUUGUUCUGCAUUAGCUGUACAUGA